AUGCGCGCGGACGGGGGGCCUGACACAGACAGCGGGUGUUCCUAUGGGAUGAAGCUCAGCUGGGACAUCAACGACCCACAGAUGCCACAGGAGCCCACCAACUUUGACCACUUCCGCGAGUGGCCCAAUGGCUACGUGCGCUUCAUCUACAGCAGUGAGGAGGAGAAGGCACAGCGCCACCUGAGCGGCUGGGCCAUGCGCAACACCAACAACCACAAUGGCCACAUCCUCAAGAAGUCGUGCCUGGGCGUGGUGGUGUGCGCUCGAGCCUGCGCCCUGCCUGAUGGCUCCCGCCUACAGCUGCGGCCUGCCAUCUGCGACAAGGCCAGGCUCAAACAGCAGAAGAAAACAUGCCCCAACUGCCACGCCUCUUUGGAGCUGGUUCCUUGCCGAGGGCACAGUGGGUACCCUGUAACCAAUUUCUGGAGGCUGGAUGGCAACGCCAUAUUUUUUCAGGCCAAGGGAGUUCAUGAUCACCCAAGACCAGAGAGUAAAUCAGAGACAGAAGCUAGAAGAAGUGUGCUCAGGAGACAGAUGUCUUCUUUUUACCAACCCCAGAGAAAGAGAGUCCGAGAUACCCAGGCAGGAGGGAAUUCAGAUGUCAGGGGAUGCUUCCACAGCAUGCCUCCCCUGGAGUCCCCUGAACUCUUUGAUGUAAUUACUGACACUGGCUUCCCAAUUCCAGGGCAGCCUUGCCCUUCCUUCCCAAACGCUGAUGCUGCUACAGCUCCCUGCAACCUGGCAUCCUUUCAAGAAGAUGUGACACUCCCCUUUCAGAAAUAUUCAAACCCAAGAUUCUAUUUGCCUACGUCCCCUUGCAACUAUGAAUUUGUAAGCUCUGGACACACAAAUUCAAGCCCAUAUCCCACCCUUUGUAAUGAUGCUGUGGUCCUUAAGGACACAGAUCGGGUUCAUCUGAGUACACUACAAUACAAUGUCAGUUCCCAUAGCAACUACGGGAGAAGCUGUGACUUCAAUCAACAGAAUGACUGGAAGCCAACUCUUGGAAAUCCUGGUCCUGAGGACAGGACUGACCAUGAACAGUGCCAGGCCAAGGCCACAUGCCCUUACUCUAACCCAGAGCAUCCCUGCAGGUACCUCACCACCCCACCAGCCCUGCACACAGUCAUUACCACCACCACCAAAGUGUCCUGCCAGGCCUACCAGCACCCUGCUCUGAGACACAACCACAGUGUGCAGGAGGUGGCUGGCCUUUCGAGCUGUAACUAUGCUUCUGAAAAUGUCACCAUCUCCAUCUACCCAGAAAUCCUGGACCCUCCAGCCUCGAUCACCAGAUCAGCCUCUCCAACAGGAAAUGUCCCUUUGAAAAUCUCAGGAGACUGCUGGCCUCUCAGACCCACUUUGGCUUUUCCUCAGCAGUCAGCUACCUCCAAGACAGACAGGAGAGACGAGUGGGAUGUGUGUCUGUCCGGGCUGGGCUCUGCAAUCAGUUAUUUGGACAGAGCAGAUCCUCUCUUUACCUUUGGCAAUGAGGACUUAUAA